ACAAAUUUAAUUAUGUCCUAUAAAUACAACAUUCUCUUCUAUGCGAGUGUCAUUCAGUAUUUGCUCUAAGUGUAUUACUUGAUCACCUUUUUUGAGAAAAGAUAUAUAUCAAUGGCAACUCCGAGUGUGUUAGAAGUCCGCACUCCUGCUUUAACUUCCAUCUCUGAACCACUUCCAUUUUUUGAUGGAACCACAAGGUUAUACAUUUGCUAUCUGUGCCCUUUUGCACAACGCGCAUGGAUAACUAGGAACUGUAAGGGACUGCAAGACAAGAUCGAAUUGGUUCCUAUUGAUCUUAAAAACAGGCCUGCUUGGUAUAAGGAAAAAGUUUAUCCCACGAAUAAGGUACCUUCGUUGGAGCACAAUAGCAAGGUUUUAGGAGAAAGUCUUGAUUUGAUAAGAUAUAUAGAUGCCAACUUUGAAGGGGCACCUCUAUUCCCCACUGAUCCUGCCAAGAGAGAAUUUGGUGAGCAGUUGAUAUCCCAUGUUGAUACGUUCACCAGUGGCAUAUACCCUACAUUUAAAGGAGAUCCUAUACAACAAACCAGUGCUGCUUUUGAUUACCUGGAGAAUGCUCUUGGUAAAUUUGAUGAUGGACCAUUUUUCCUUGGCCAAUUUAGUUUGGCGGAUAUUGCCUAUGUUUCAUUUCUUGAAAGGUUCCAAAUUGUCUUCUCUGAAAUUUUUAAGCACGACAUCACAGCAGGAAGACCCAAACUAGCCACAUGGAUUCAGGAGGGGAAUAAGAUCGAUGGUUAUAAGCAGACAAAAGUUGACAGGGAGGAAUAUCUGGAAGCUUUCAAGAAAAAGUUUUUGGCUUAACAGAGAACGUGAAUUGCAGCCCCGCUGCAUGGUGUUUAAAGAUAUGGAAAUGUGGAAUGCUUUUAAGAUAUAGUAGUCAAUAAAGAUUUAUUUCCAUUUGUGGAAUGUAUCAGAAAAGCAACCCACAACACCAAUCCAGCCCACUCAUCAGGCCCAAGCUCAACAUUGCUCCUAGAAGUUUCUAGCAGUUUCUAGAAUAUUUUUUGAUGCUAUGAACUGUUUAUGCAGCUGUCAUGUAUAGCUGUUAUUAGCUAUAAUUUUGCAUAGGUGUCUUUUUAGUAGAUUCCUUCUUAUCCUUUGAUAUAGCAAUAUAUAUUUUAAUGUAUGCUGCCAAUGAUUAAUUCAAAUGAAGUGAGCAUUUCAUCAUUUUUGUCUAAGUUUUCAUCCAUAAACAGCUCAUAGCAUCAACAAAUAUACUAGAAACUGCUAGAAACUUCUAGGAGCAAUGUUGAGCUUGGGCCUGAUGAGUGGCAGUGGGCUGGUUUGUUGCUGUGGGCUGGCUUGCUGUUGUGGGCUACUUUUCUGAUAGAAUGCUUUUUCAGUUUAAAAAUGAUGUGUUCUAUUUGCUUGUUACUUUGACUUCUCAUUAAUGCUUUUGUAUGGGAACAUCCAAAUGUAUAGUCUCGCAAUCUAUAAUAAAUAAGUUGAAGAGAAGUUUGACUUGGAA